CGAAACGACACCCAACCGCAUGCCCUGCGUCCAUGGCUGCAGUCACCAUUAUGGACCAUCCUACACGGUUGAAGGGACCCUCCGAUGCUAGGCGGCGCCCUGUCGUCGAUGCAAUUCCAAAGGACGAUGUCGAAUUGCGUCUCGAGAAGGCUCUAUUUGGCGACGACCUCGGAUUUCUAGAUUCUCUCAAGAAGCGGGCCAGUGACGAGGAUCAUGCUUUGAUCAGGCAUCUGAGCCAGGACUUGGAGGCUUCUGGAAACGAAGAAGACGAAGGACUGAGUGAUGUUCCUGACGAAAACCUCUUCUUUGUCGAUACCAAUACCUCGACCCUCCCAGCCUCUGUCACACGAGAUCUUGAAUCGACUGCCACCUUCAAGCAUGAUUUAGAAACAAAGGCGGCUUGGUAUGACAGUGAUGAUGACCGCAUCACCGUGUCGCUUGCUUCCAACACACGUCUGAGGAAACUGCGAGAUAGUGAAGCAGAUGAUCUUGUUUCAGGUCGAGAAUAUAUCGCACGGUUGAGACGGCAGUAUGAAAUACUCCAUCCGGCCCCGGAAUGGGUCAAAUAUGCCCGAAAAAGAAGGAGGAUAUCCCAUGACGCACAAGAACGGGAAGAUGAUUCGGACACCUCUAUGAGUGAGGAUGACAACGACUCCCUAGGGUCCGCCAAACCCCUCGCCGAACUCUUGCGCACUACCGGACCUUUGACUCGAAUCGACACAUCUUCGAAAGACGCCACGUCUAGACGAAUCCUACGACCAGAGGUAAUUGAUAUCCAACGAACGAAGGAUAUCGCUAGCACUGGGCCCUCAUCCAUCGACACACUUCAAUUUCAUCCUUAUUACCCUCUCCUACUUGCAGCCGGCCUCAGUUCGACAGUUACCAUCUAUCAUGUCUCUCCUCAUCCACCAAACCCCAAUCCCAUUCUCACAUCCCUUCACCUAAAAGGGGCACCGGUACACACCGCCGAGUUCUGCCGCCCCACAGUAUCUCCCUCAGAAAGCGACCCCCUCCACGAUCAAACUCGCAUCUUUUUCUCCUCCCGCCGUCGGUACUUUCACACCUGGUCACUGACCACAGGAUCUAUCCAAAAGAUCACCCGGGCCAUGUACGGGACUGCAAGACACAGCCAGAGGACCAUGGAACAGUUCAAGCUCUCUCCAGAUGGCCUAUACAUGGGACUCAUCUCGUCGGCCAAAAAGGGCGGUGGCGCAAUCAAUGUGCUCGACAGUUCAACCAUGCAGUGGGUCUGUUCAUGUCGCAUAGAUAGUCGAGGUGGAGUUGCGGAUUUCGCCUGGUGGAGAGAUAGCAAGGGAUUCGCAGUGGUUGGCAAGAAUGGUGAAGUCACCGAGUACGACGUUGAAACUCGAAGUGUGGCCAGGAAAUGGAUCGACGAAGGGGCGGUCGGCACAACUGUGAUAGCCCUUGGCGGAGACAUGGGUUCACUAUCGCGAAGUCGAGACGACGACAAGACCUUCACCGGCGGUGGCUCACGAUGGGUUGCGGUGGGAUCCUCCUCAGGCAUUGUCAACCUGUACGAUCGACGUGCCUGGAUCGAAGAGGAAACCCUCUCAUCUAACACUAAGCACAACCGGGUUUCAAUCCUACCAUCAAAAUCAAGCUCGGUCCCCUCAUUACCCACUGCAUCAGGCCAAUACCGACCAAAACCCCUUCGCAGUUUCGACCAGCUUACCACACCCAUCUCUCAUCUGGAAUUCAGUGCCGAUGGUCAAAUGCUUGUCAUGUCUUCACGAUGGAAGAAGAACGCUCUCCGAUUAGUCCAUCUGCCAAGUGCUACGGUGUACAGAAAUUGGCCGACCGACAAAACCCCGCUCGGCCGGAUCAGUUCCAUCGCCCUCAGUGUAGAUGGGGGAUAUCUCGCCGUGGGCAAUGAACAGGGAAAGAUCCGUCUUUGGGAGAUUAGAGCAUAGUUUAUAGAAUGAGAAUAAGAAAUGGGUGAGGCUAGUCGUCUUAUCCUGUCCUGAGGCGUAAUUCACCCGA